AUGUUUCCCGCGAGUAACAAAGAGUAUUGCUUUUCUGCGAGUAGUCAGCUCAAAUUCAAGUCUAGGUCUAUUGCUUGUGACGGUUCGACCAGAAUAAUGGCGGUUGACUCAAAGCGAGAGUGGGCACAGCUUUGCUGGUCAGGCCUAAAGAGGGCCAGAGAAAGUGGCUCAACGGACCUGCUGCUGGCUCUGAAAGAAAUCAGACUUCUGCUGUCUGCUGAACCGCAACAGUGCCAAAUGAUCGAUCUCCAAGUUGUAGAGGAACUACUGGCAAUCGCCCGUGAAGGCACGACGGAGCCGCGUACCGACAAAACUGUAGCGGCACUGUUGGUUAUGCUUGAAGGGCUAGAGGACAAGCAGCUCACCGAAUGUUUUUCCUUCCCCAGUAUCAUUCUCCUUUAUACGGUAGUCUGA